CAACAUUACUGCACAAUUUCGACACGCCCCGAACGAUUGUUUUCAUUUUUUAAAUAAUCAAGAAUUGGGGAAGUUGGAAACAGUAAAAUCAAUAUAAGCUUCAAAGAGUCCAUUUAAACGUUCUAACGUCUUUGGCAAAUAGCCUGCUUCAAAAAAAGGUUGUUACCAUUAAUGUGAUAGAAGCCGUUUUCGUCUUUAUGCGUCCGACGUUUGAUACAAAUAAAAUCGAUGCCUUAAAUGAAAUCUCCCCGCAGAUAUAUAAAUCUGGUCAUAUAACUGACUUCCUUUUAUUAGAUGAAACAUUGAAGCUGUAUAUAUUUUUCCGUGUCAAUAAUAUAACAAGCAUAUUAUUCAGAGGUAUGUUGAUCAUAAAUUUAAAUUUUAAAAAAACUUGAAUGUAGGUAGGUAUGUAGCAAUUGGGUAAUUUGUUAUUUCAUUAACAAACCCGAAAUAUUAUUUCAAAAACAAAUAAAAAAAAAAUUGAUUACUUAGCAUCUGUCUCUGAAAUCAUCAAUUUUUCUUAAUGGUUUAUUCUAAGUUAUUUGAAAUUUAUUUCGAUAUUGAUAAUUCCACCAUCUACUGUUCAUGCAUUCAGUAUUUAUUGUCUUUGUUUAUUUGCACUAUCAAUGGUAUAAUUAUUCUUAGGUGCAUUCAAAUGGUGCACAAUUAAUUUUUCAUAGUUUUAUUUAAGAAUUUAAUACACUUUUGUUUAGGCGGUUUUUUUUUCUUGCUUUAUGCAUUAUGCUUUAUGCUUUAUGCUUUAUGCAUAUACUUAUACUAUUGCAUAUAGCAAAAACAAAAAUUACUACUUAGCAAAUUGAUGUAGUAUCUAAUAUAAUUAAUACUUUAAUUUUUGCUUUCAUGUAGGUACUUUUACGUUUACGGUAUACAUUUGUUUAUGUAUAUAUAUACAAUGACUGAUCAAAAUAUUUUGGACAAGUCUAUGAGAAGCGUUUUUGGUAAGUUAUUUAUUUAUUAUAUAGGAUUUUAAACUCCAUUUACAUGAGCAUAAAUCUAGUUUAGCACCCCCUCAAAAUUUUGAUUUUUUUUUUCACUAGAAACCUAUGAUUUCAACGUUUUAAAAAUUAUUAAAUAAAAAUUAGUUUUGAAGUUAUAGCCAUUUGAAGUUUGGAUAUUACUUAUGAGUAUUUUUAAUUAAUUAAAAUAGUCCAAGUAAGUGACUGCCAGGUCUGUAGGUACACACAAUAUACAUUUGAUGUGGUUUUGUUUAAAAAAUCUAAGAAAAUUUUAAAUUUUUUACAUAUAAAGCAAUCCAAACAUAAAAUAUUAAGAAAAAGUUGACACGCCUGUAGAUAUCAUCUCUAAACCAGCAGUUCCCAAAUUGUUAUGACCAUUGUACCUAUAGGAAAAAGUUUAUGUUUUGUGGAACCCCAACUUUAACUGAACUCUAAUUUUUUAACUAUUUAUUGAAAAAUCAAUACUCCAAAAAUGUUUAAAAUAUAAUGUUCAUGAUUAUUGUUUAUUACAAUUGGUUUAAAAAAAAACAAUUUUCAAUCAAAAUUGUACUUAUUAAAAUAACAAAUAUUUAUUAUUUAAUAACUAAAAGUAUUAUUUUUAACAAAAUAUAAUUAAUUGGAUUUUAUAAUAUAUGUUUAUUGUUAAUAUUUUUAAUGCAAUGAAUGGACUUGUUUCAUGGUUUUAAAAUUGGGUCUUAUAUCUGAAAGUUGAAUUUAUAGGUCUGGAGCAGCAUUCAAUUAUGUACUUAUUUUCAGUAUAAGCAUAAGAGGUAAAACCAGCCUAACAAAGGUAGGUUGUUACAAAAAGCAGUACAGUUAGAAUAGCUUUCAGUUUAAGAUGAUUAUUCGUGUAAUCCAAAACUCGUUUAAAGAUCUGAAUUCAAAAGUAUGUUUUAAGGAUGACAUACACUUGAUUUCAAUAAGGUUUUCAUAUUCAAACAAGGAUAACAUGGCAGGCUUUUUUUUUGUUCUCAAAAGGAUUUUGUAUCUAAUCGUCGUCAUUAUAAUUAUCAGAGAAGUGCUGAGACUAAUUUUUCAAGGCUUUCCAAAUGUUAUUCGCUAAUGUUUUUCUGAUGUUUUAUGAUUUUAUUUUUUUCCAAGUAUAAUAUAAAAUUUUUCUCAAUGUUCAUAUACAUCUGGCCGAACCCUUGUGAUUGUUCUACAAAACCCUUAGGUUUUGUGGAAAACACUUUGGAAACAUUGCUCUAGACUAAGUUAGGCAUACUGAUGUAAAUGGCAAUAGUAAAUUAUUCAUUGUAAUAUACAUAAUAUUUGAACUUCAAAUAGCUAUGACUUCAAAACUAAUGAUUUCCACCAAAACAAUUUUGCACCAUCAUUUUUAAAAUACUGAAAUACAUGGGUUUAUAUUAGUUAAAAAAAAAAAAAAUAAAAAAAUCAAAAUUUCGAGAGGGUGCUUAACUAGAUGUUCCACGAAUUGUAUUCUUAAUAGCAGUAAUAGGUACAUAAUAAUAAUGAUAUCAAAAUAUAACUUAUCUAGUGAUUAAAUAUAAUAGUAAUAAAUCAAAAAUACCGAGCUAUUUCUCUAAAAUAAUAUAUUUAAAAGUAUUUAGUAGUAAUUCAUUCUAUUAUGGAGUACAUAAAGAAACAUUAUAAUUUAUAUUUGAUAUUUUGAAUAAACCUUAGACAUCAUAUGAUGACUAAAAUAGUCUCUAAACAUACAAUUUUAAAUAGAUAAAUCAUUGUUUUGUAUUAAUUCAAAGUGUUAAGUAUGAAAAAUGAUGUUAAGGGGCCAUUUGGAUGUAGCAUAUUCUAGUUUAAAACAUGAUAAAAAAUAAUAAGUCAAUUAUUUAAUAAAGAAUAAAUACUAUAUAUUUUAUCCGUAUAUUUAUUUAUUAUAUUAAAAUAUUUUACUACUGAUCAUACAAAUUAAAGAAAAUACAGUAUUGUAUUAUAGAAUAACUUAACCUUAGAUUCAACACUGUUAUUGUUGAAUUCAGUCCAGUUAAUAUUUUAAUGGGUGUUAAUUAUAUUCGCAUAACAUAAUUGCAUUGCAUUGGAAAAUAAUUUAAACACAGAUAUAGAAUUUCAUUAACCAACAACAUACCAUUAGUAUUUAAAAUAUUAUUAAAUUGAUCAAGAUUGAAAUUACCUAAAUUGUCAAAAAUAAAUAAUGAAUUGACAUUUAAAAAAAUUGGGAAGAUAAGUUAUAAUUAAUCACCCAUUAAAACAAUAUUCGAAUCUAGAUAAUUAUAAUUAAUAGAAUCAAAGCAUUCUGUUAAUAAUUCUAUUGAAAAAUAAUUAGUCAUAUACAUAGAACUUAUAAUAGAAUUUGUUUUGUUAGGCUUUAUUAAAGCAAAUAAAAUUUCCAAUUAAGUAAGCUAUUUGUAUUGAUUGGGAAGUAAUGUUACUUCUGAUGGCACUAUGACCAUGAAUAUUCAAAUUCAUAGUCAAUUUGUUUACUCAUGUAUUCAUUUUAAUUUAUAUUAAUUUAAGUUGGAAAUAUUCCCUAUGAAGCCACUGAAGAAAAAUUAAAAGAUAUAUUUAACGAAGUUGGACCAGUUUUAUCAUUUAAGUAAGUGUCUAUAUUCUAUUACUUACUAAUUGAGUUAUUUAAUUUGUCUUAAUUACAUUAAUUAUUUUUCUAGGUUGGUUUAUGAUAGAGAAACUGGCAAACCCAAAGGUUAUGGAUUUUGUGAGUACAAAGAUCAAGAGACUGCAUUAAGUGCCAUGCGUAAUCUUAAUGGCUAUGAAAUAAGUGGUCGUACUCUACGCGUGGACAAUGCUUGUACAGAGAAAUCUAGACUCGAAAUGCAAUGUAACUUAUAAUUAUUCAACUAAAAAGAUUUUAAAAACAAUUUAAUUUUGUGUAUUAACAAUUACAGCAUUAAUGAUGGGAAUGCCUGCUUCAGAAAAUCAUUAUGGUGAUGCUGUAAAUGCUGAAAAAGCUCCAGAAAUUAUUAAUAAUAUAGUGUCAUCUUUACCACCCGAGCAAUUAUAUGAUCUAAUGAAACAAAUGAAAGAAUGCAUUCAUGUAAUAUAUUUUUAUAUACAUUUUGUUCAUCUAAAUAAAUGUUCUAAUUAAUAAUCUAUAAUUUUAGAAUAAUCCAGUUGAAGCAAGAAAUAUGUUGCUCCAAAAUCCUCAACUUGGUUAUGCCUUAUUGCAAGCUCAAGUUGUUAUGAAAAUAGUAGAUCCAGAAGUUGCCAGAGUAAAAAUUUUUAACUAUUUACAAAUUGUAUUUACCAAUUACCAUUUUGGGACAUCCAACUGAAAACUGGAUUUGUAAUUUUUAAAAUCCUCAACUAAUUAUUACCACAAUAAUUUAAAUAGAUGUACACUAUACUCUUUUGUCUGUUUUAUUUUUUAAUAAACAAUCAAUGGAGUAGGAAAAAAAAGAAUGUAUAUGUUACAUCCAGUGGCAUGCCCAGAAAUUAUCAAUAGGAGGGGAUGUAGCAAAUAAGAAUCAUGAAUAAAUUAUAAAUGUGUCUCUCUACCCAAAUUGACUGUGAGAAUUAAUAAUUUAAAAGCCGGAUCCCAAAAUAGGCCAAUUUCUAAUCAAUAUGUUAAGUUUUUCCUUGUAACUUGGCUGAAAUAAAUGCAUUUCGAUAUUAGAUUACUUAUACUUUUUUUUAUAUUAAGCCAAUUAAUUGGGGGGGGGGGGGAUAUAACUCUUAAAACUGGUUACACCCUAUAAAUAAAAUUGCCCGAUUCAUGAAACUACGUGAUAAUGAUACUUUCGUUCAUUUUGUGCUUUUAGUUUUAACAUUGGGGUAUAUUUGAUUAUUUUAAAUGUUAUAAUAAGACCAUUGUAUAUAUUUAUAUACAGGUUAAAGUUUUACAUAUUUUGUAUACUAUAAUAUUUAAAUAUAAUCUUUCUAGUAAUAACAAUAGUAUUAAUGAAAAUGACAGUGUUAGUGUUAUUUUAUUAAUAGAAUCCAUUUCAAUCAAACAGCUAUUAACACUAUUAUUAUUUUAAACUAUACUAUAACUACAGGGGUCCUCUACAUUUUCUAACAAGAAACACAAAGAGUAUGAAUAUGAUAUCCAAUGCAUAGAAUAUUGAUCACUAGAUUAUGAACAUGAUUAUAACCUCUAUGUUUCUAUUUAUGAUUAAAAUAUUAAAUUUAAUGAGUUUCAAUUGUGUGAUUAUAAUUAAUGUAGCAAUUAAUUAUAAAUAAACACUUCUUUAACUUAUAAAUUUUAGGAGAAUCUACACUAAUGUACAGAUGGAGCUUUGAAUAAUAUGUAAUAGAAACUCUAAAAUUAUCAAUAACUCUUUAAUAAUACAAUAUAUAUUUUGAUACUAUUUUUGCAAAACAAUUAAUGUAUAAAUAGAUAUUUAAAUUUUUGUUAGUCAAUGAUGUAUGCUCAACAUAAAGUUCCUGAACCCAUUCCGAGUCCUACAGUAUCUACAUCAAAAGUCAUGCCAGUGAUGCCAGUGAUGCCAGUGAUGCCAGUGAUGCCAGUGAUGCCAGUGAUGCCAGUAAUGCCAGUGCAGCAUCAAAGACCAGAUGAUCAUUGGAGAGCAUUUGAUCCAACUGUAGCUCCUCCAUCAAGGCAUUCUGGUAACAAGUUUAGUCAGAAACUUUUAUGUUUAAUAAUAAAUAUCUUAAAUUUUGUUAAAGAUAAUAUGAACUGGCAAAUGAAUACUAAUAACCAUGGACUUGGAUUGGUUCCAAAUUUAAGCCAAUUGCCACCAACAUUUCUUCCACCACCCCCUUUUCAUAUACAUCCUGCAAGAUCAUUUCUGUAAAUAAAUAAAGAUGCUCUAAUAACUGAUUAUCUAUUAACCAAAAUAUAUUGUCUUAGGCAAAGGGAUUAUCAUCCAAUGAUGCCAGAUAUUCGACCAUUUGGAAAUGCACCAUUUACAGAUUUCAAUUUUAUAAAUUUACCACCAAUGAAUAUUCCACCCCCUGGGAUGAUAAAGGAACCACCACGUGUUACAAUUCAUCCACCAGCUCAAAACCUGAUUGCAAUUCAUCCCAGUGUAUCUCAACCCAGUUUAUUUCAACCUAGUUUGUCUCAACCUAGUUUAUCUCAACCUAGUUUGUCUCAACCUAGUUUGUCUCAACCUAGUUCAUCUCAACCCAGUUCAUCUCAAUCCAGUCCAUCUCAAUCUAAUAAAGCUGUUGUUUCUGACACAGAAAAGGUAGUGAAAGUAUUUCACAAAGUAUCAAUAACAAAUAUUAAAGUUUAAAUUAUUUUGCAGGCUUCUUUGAUAAUGCAAGUAUUACAAUUGACUGAUGCUCAAAUAUCAUUAUUACCUCCUGAUCAACGGCAAAGUAUUCUCGACCUGAAAGAAAAAAUCAGCGUUUCUCAAAGAAAAUUAUUUUUAGAUAAUUUAACUUAAUUAAUGUUUCUUUUUUUGAAAUCUCGGGUUUUUUUUUU